CGGCGGAGCGGGAGGGGCGGGGCCAGGCGGGGGAUGUGGAGGGCGGCGGGCAUGGCCGCCGGGGACGGGCUGGGACCGGCGCUGCGGGCCGUCACCGAGCGGGUGCAGCAGGCAGCGGCCCGCCGGCCCCAGGGGCUCCCGGCCGUGCAGCCGCGGCUGGUGGCCGUCAGCAAGACCAAGCCGGCGGAGAUGGUGAUCGAGGCCUACAGCCACGGGCAGCGCAGCUUCGGGGAGAACUAUGUUCAAGAGUUGCUAGAAAAGGCAUCAGACUCCAGAGUUCUAUCGUCUUGCCCGGACAUCAAAUGGCAUUUUAUUGGCCAUCUGCAGAAAAACAACGUCAACAAGUUGAUGGCUGUCCCCAACCUCUUCAUGUUGGAAACAGUGGAUUCGGUGAAGCUGGCAGACAGGGUCAGCAGCUCAUGGCAGAAGAAAGGGUCACCUCAGAGGCUGAAGGUCAUGGUGCAAGUUAAUACAAGUGGAGAAGACAGUAAGCAUGGCCUUCCUCCCGGAGACACCACGGCUGCUGUGGAGCACGUCAUCAACAAGUGUCCAAGCCUGGAAUUUGUGGGGCUGAUGACCAUCGGCAGCGUUGGGCAUGACCUUAGUAAGGGUCCAAAUCCUGACUUCCAGAUGCUGCUGUCUCUGCGGAAGGAAGUGUGUGAAAAGCUCAAUCUCCCCCUUGAGAAGGUGGAGCUGAGCAUGGGCAUGUCCACAGACUUCCAGCACGCAAUAGAGGUUGGAUCCACAAACGUCAGGAUUGGAAGCACUAUUUUUGGAGAGCGAGAUUAUUCCAACAAAGCAGAUGGUGGCACGGCCCCUGCUGAAGGCAAACCUGAGACCUUGACAGUGCAGGCUCAAUAGGUGCAAAACCAAGUGGCCUCACCAGAGGACAGCUGAUGGGAGACCUCACUAUGCAUUCUUCCCUCCCUCCGUGUUGGCACCCAGUCGUGAUGGUGAGAGGGAAUUCCUCCUAACAGAACAGAGGCCAGGAAUGCCUCACCAUUUAUUGUGAUUGUAGAGUACCCAUAGGAACUGGAAAUCUGUAGAACCAACAAAUGCUAAGAAAGUGUCUGCUUGAAAGUGACUGUGGUAUCUUGGCUCCUUCAGGGUCCUUGGGUUGACAAGGUGGAACAAAGUAUGGAGCUGCUCGUGAACAAGCUGUGUCUGCAGCAGUGUCAGUGAGUUUGGUUUCACUGAGGACGAAAUUCUUCAUUAAACAAGUUAUAACCUUGCCAGAGAGCCUGUAAAUGUUUCCCCAAACAAAAGCUCUGCACGUGGUGGCUCCUGAGGGAUGCUGUGAACAGGAGCUGUGGUAGAGCCACGCUGUGACACUGCAGAGGGCAAAGAGCAAGCACCUGAGGAUGGGUGAGGAACAGGGUUGCUCCUGGUUUGGAUGCAGAGGGCAAGUGUGGGAGUGUCUUUUUGCCUGGAGUUUGUGUUUGUCCUUUCCAGGCUGACUUUUCCCGUUGGUUCCAUGUCUGCUCAGGUCUUCUGGGAUGCUUUCAACCUUCCCCUCUUGUAGUGGUGGGAGUUACUUUCAUCCUGCCUCGUAGUUCUUUGAAAGUCUUGAGUUCUUUUGGGUCAGAAUGGGGCUUUUCUGCAAGCUCCCUGCUCUGCUUUGCUUUCCAAGGAGAGUCUCUUGGCUGUUUGGUGCCUCCAGCAUCCUGCCUGCAUGUCUGAGGCUGAGAAUACCCCCUUGUCUCACAGGGCAGCACUGAUGUUGGCUUUUCCUUUGGGAAAAGUACUCCAGAAAGGAAACUAUUACUGUUCUGCUGUGUUCUAGGUUUCUGGAAAGAAUCAUGUCACCACUGGCAGAGCUUCUAGGCUGUGUCUUAAUAUUUUAAGCACUGGUUUAAGCUCCACUUCUCCUGGAAGAGGGAAAUGAGGCUCUUCCACUGCAGUAGCUGUUUCAUUUAGAGCUGUGUUAUGUCACCUGCUGUUUGGCCAACAAUAGCUAUAGCAAAUCUCUUCUUUUAACCCAUGUUACAACUGAGGUUUGCGGCUUUUGUGUGCUGCUGAGAGAAGGAGACAUCAGUUGCCAGCAGAACCAUCCUUCCCAGGCUUUUCUCUGUGUGCCCACAGUUAAAUCCAGCUGUUGGUUUUACUCUCUGGCUAUAAAUGCUGAAUGUAAAUGAAAAGAGCCAACUCUUUAACCUGUCGUAGCUCCUUGCUUUAGAAGCAACAUGCAGCCUGAGCCACCCUCCUCAGCACUGCACCGUCUGUUGUUUCCUAGUCCAUUAAGAAGUGGUGAAUUCUAAUACCAUCUGUGCCAACUCGAAAGCUAUUAAAGAUGUUAUUUUUAUGUGCCA